CAGCAGCAGCAGCGCGCACGAGAUGGCCGAGAACCGCGCGGAGAACGGCAAUGGCGCGAGUAAAAGCAGGAGCGGCAAUGAGGAGGAGGAAGAGGCGUUUGCGAAGCUGCUGGAGAAGUACGAUGCUGCGCCGGACCAUGUGCUGCUCGCGGGUGGAGUCGAGGACUGGGAUGGGGUGGUGCCGGAGCAGGUUGACCGGUAUGGAUUCGUGGAGAUGAGUAAACAACAACAACAGCAACAACGACACUCACAUCGUUCAGUGCAAUUGCUUCUGCGACCGACAAACCUGAAAGUCAGAGCACCGAACGCGCUCGCCCCGAACCACUCGUCACAAGAAGCCCUGCAGACCGAGAUCCGGCGCGAGUCGAAAUGGGCCGCGAUGGCGACGCGUUCGGUCGCGGCCGACAACUCGGUCUCGUUCUCGUUCGAUCUCAGGCAUCCGAAAAUGCGGUCGCGGACGCUCAAAGGCGUGCCGGACUCGUGGAGAGCCGUUGCGUGGGCCUCGUUUCUCUCGCGGUCGUCGGCCUCCGCCUCGUCAGAUAAACAUCUGGCAGAUACCCUCUAUCCCCAAUAUCUCAGCCAACCUUCCUCCGCAGACUCCCAGAUCGACCUCGACGUCCCGCGCACUAUCCAACGACACGUAAUGUUCUCCGCGCGCUACAAAGGCGGCCAACGACUCCUCUUCCGCGUCCUGCACGCCUUCUCGAUCCACCGCGCCGACGUCGGCUACGUGCAAGGCAUGGCCCCUCUCGCCGCCACUUUUCUCUGCUACUUUGACGAAGCGACCGCGUUCGUCAUGCUCGUCAGAUUAUUCUCUACCCAUCACAUGGCCGAGCUCUACGCGUACGGCUUUGGCGGUCUCAAAUCCACGUUCGACGACCUCUCGACCGCACUCCGUCCGAGCAAAGUAGGCAAGACUCUCGAGUCCCUCGGCGUCGAUCCAAUGCUGUAUGCUACAAAAUGGUAUCUUACUCUGUUCAACUACGCCGUUCCCUUUGAAACCCAGCUUCGGAUCUGGGAUUAUUUUCUCUUGCUUGGUUCUGUCAAUGUCCUGCAUGCGGCCGCCAUCGCGCUUCUGGAUUCGUUGGGUGAUGAGAUUGGUGAGGACUUUGAGCAGACUCUGAGUAGGCUUACGGCUUUUAUUGAUAUUAAAGAUAAUGAUUUGUUUAUGAGAGUGCUUGAUUAUGAGCUCAAACAUCUUAAUAGAUGAUGUAUGUAUAUAAUAUAUGUUUAGAGUAGAUUGGUUAUAGUCUUAAUACUCUUGAUAAGCAGUUGUAUGUAUAUAAUAUAUGCUAAGAAUAGACAUAAU